AUUUCAGCGGGACGGUUCAGUAAACGUUCCGUGCCCGGUUUCGGUUCCGGCAGGAGGUUGUGGUGGUGUGCAAAAAACAACCACGACAACGACGGCGAAGGCGACUAUGGAAGCUGGAUCAUUUGGCGGAAUAAAUGUGCACGAAGAAAUAUCGAUUUUCCUCCGAUUCCAUUGGUGCUAGGAUGAGGAACUUGUGUAUUUUUUGACAGCUACGUCCACAAAGAAUCGUUCGACUGGACGUGUGGUGUGCAAUUUUCUGCUAAUUAGGUGAAUUAAUUUAGUAAAUGGUCGACGCCUCUAGUACACUUGGAGACUAAAUGAGCCAACGUGUGCUGCUGGUUGAGCGUCGGCAUGUGCCAUGCGAUGAAAUAAUGUGAAUGAAUGUCCUUUGAUGAUACGGAAUGUUUGAUAUACGGUGCUGGAAUUGUGAAAAGUACAUAUUAACAAACUAAGCACUGGAUGGUGUUUUCGGUUUCGUUGGUAGUUACAGUGGCAGUUGACAUGCAAUGAUGUGCUAAACUGUGCCGGAAAACGAGUUCGACGGGUCUUUACAUAUCAUAUCAACAACAAACGGGAACAUUUUAUGAAGAUAAGAAAUUAUUCAGAGCAACCACGCUCAUGGCGUCAAAAAAUAAAGGAAAUACAAAUAUAUCUCCCCAGAUAAAACCCACACUUUGAUCAAAGGUUACUUGAAUUUAUCACCGAGACGACAUUUCCCAGCUUCCUCAAGUUUCAAAUAGUCGAAAAAAGAACAUCAAACGGCCAUAAAUAAACAUGAAAUCAUCGCUGGACAAUAUAUUCGCCCAUCAGGGCGAAGAGCCGGUAACGUCGGUGCAGGUUAUCAUUUAUGCUGCCACAUCGUUUCUGAUAGUGUCACUGCUGGGACUGCUCAUCUAUAUCACCUGCUCCAAGCGUUACCGACUGAACUGGUUCGAGAAAAAUCUGCUAGAAACGGAGAAGGAGCGACAAGCGAGGGGGCUAAGACAAGUUGGCCAAGUCAGCUGCCCCAUCCCGUACAAUGUCGACGCAGUGGCAGGAACAUCUCGUUAUCUGAACCGAAACAAUGGCAGUCCACUUGCAAAAGCAGAUGAUCCGCCCUUCUGGGCAUCCGAGGGGUUGUAUAAAGCAACCAGCAGGAAUGGCCAACUCAUGGACUCAUCUGAUGAGGAAGUCCCGGAAGAUAGUGCCGAUUCGUCCAGUAGCUGUAAGUCCGUAAUAGUGGUAGGCUCGGUUCCCAUUGCUGGAACCGACAAACACGUGGUACUUAGUGCUACUAAUCCGGCAAAACCUACCACGUCUACGGUAAAAGCCAAAAACGCACAGAGCAGUGAUGCCCCAGAAGAAGAUAUAGUGGAUUCUACCACCAUUGAGAGUACCCCCACCAAACUAGAUCUAGGCGACGACUCACGAGGCGCUAUUCAUUUGACGCUCAGCUAUGAUCCCAGUGCUGGGAUUUUGAACGUGAAACUUAUUGAGGCUCAGGACCUGCAACCACGAGAUUUCAGUGGAACGGCAGAUCCGUAUGCGAAAAUAAGACUGCUUCCUGAUCGGAACAACAUGUGGCAAACUAGGAUACACAAGAAAACGUUAAACCCAGUAUUCGAUGAGGACUUCGUUUUCGAAGUACGUCCCGCCACCGUCGGCCGCCGCACACUCGAGGUGCUUCUAUUCGAUUUUGAUGCCUACUCACGACACGUGAUCAUUGGCGGUUCCCAGCUCGCACUGGCACAUGUUGAUUUCUCGGACCGAAUAGACCUCUGGCGCCCACUAGGGCCAUGUACUGAAACGAAUACAAAACAAGAUCUAGGCGACCUCAUGGUUUCACUUUCAUAUCUUCCAUCAGCCGAAAGACUUACCGUCGUAGUAAUCAAAGCCAGAAACCUCCGGGUCAUAGACGAAACGCGGAACUCAUCGGAUCCGUACGUUAAAGUGUCACUGUACAACAUCGACGGAAAGAGACUUAAAAAGCGGAAGACAACCGUAUCGCGGAACACGGUAACUCCGGUGUACAAUGAAGCACUCUCGUUCGACAUCGCCAAAGAUGCACUGAAAAACUGCUCAAUCGAGCUACAGGUCCUCCACGACAGUCUUCUGGGAAAGAACGAAGUUCUGGGGAAGGCAAUCAUCGGCAGCGGACCUGAUGCGAGACCAGAAGAUCGCGCCUUUUUCGAUGAACUCUUUCGGAAUCGAUCAGCCACUGCUCAAUGGAUUGCUCUCUCGGACUGGAAGACAUCAAAACCGCCAACUGGGAAAUAAAUCAACAAAACACAUAUGACUUGCACUUCUAACCCCCAGCUAGGAGAGCGAACGUAAGUUGUAGGGAAACGUCCAGUGUACCUUAAUCUACAUAUUGCUGUUUGUUAACUCGCAGAUAACUAUCAAAAUUGUUAAUAGAUGUUCUCAAUGUAACUAUUUACGUAUCAACGUGAAGAAAGUGCAAACGGUUUUACAGCGAUUAGUUUUGGAAUGUAAUCAAGAGGCUAUUUACUGUAGUUUAGAUUUCUAUAGACAUGUAUACUUCAAUCAAUAGGCUUGUUUAGGGGUACUAUUUUCAAACAUCUAUCUGUUUUCUAUUAAGUUUGAAACGUUUAUGAAUGAUAUGACUGCUGAGAGGUUUAUCUAUAUAUACACAAUGGUAUCAAUAUACUUAUAUACAUACUCACACCACAGAUUACAAAAUGGGAAUGAAGUAUUUUCAAAAAACUGAUGUACAGUUUCUGUCGAUCAGAACAUGCGAAAAUAAGCCCUUAUACAUUCAUAAAACAACAAUGUAAUUCUUAAAAUUUAUUCAGUGUUACUGAUAUAUAAAUAAAUGAAAAAUCUGGUAUAAAA